AUGUUUUAUCUAUCUCUAUCUCUCUCUCUCUCUCUCUCUCUCUCUCUCUAUCUAUCUAUCUAUCUAUCUAUCUUGGCCUCUUCAUGUCUCUCUCCUGGACUCUUCAUAUCUAUCUAUCUAUCUAUCUCAAUUUUUAUUGCUGGUAAUAUUUUUUAUCUAUCUAUCUAUCUAUCUAUCUAUCUAUUUAUCUAUCUAUCUAUCUAUCUAUCUAUCUUGGCCUCUUCAUGUCUCUCUCCUGGACUCUUCAUAUCUAUCUAUCUCAGUAUAUAUUGGUUUGGUUUCGAAAAAUUAAUUACAAACGAUUUUCAUAACUAUCUUAUACCUUUUAUUUCUUUAUCUCUAUGUCUCUCUUUCUCUCCUUCUCUAUCUAUCUAUCUAUCUAUCUAUCUAUCUAUCUAUCUAUCUGUCUCGGCCUAUUCGUAUCUAUCUAGAUCUUUUCGACAGUUGGUACUGGACAUUUGCGUCCCGGACGACUGCGUUCCUGAACAUUUGCGCGUCCGGGACGACUGCGUUCCUGAACAUUUGCGUCAGGACGACUGCGUUCCUGAACAUUUGCGUCCGGGACGACUGCGUUCUGGAACAUUUGCGUCUCGGACGACUGCGUUCCUGAACAUUUGCAUCCCUAGACAAAUGCGUACCUCUGAUCAUUUUUGGGAAGCAUUUAAAGGCAAUUACCAUAAAUUUUGA